UGAUGCGUUGGAUGUUCCCGAAAUGUUCGUGGUGCAAGAGUUUGAAACGCGUUUUUACAGCAGGGCAGACAGCAUUUAUAAGCGAGCAACAUCACCGGUGUUUUCAUAGUGGACGCUCCAGGGAAAAAAGGGACAUCGAUCAUCUAAAGCGGACGACCCUGCGCGUUGGAAAAUAUUUUUGCUGUUUCACAUUUUGUUGAACAAUUCCUAAUCCGUAACCGGCCUCGUGCUUGCUUUACAACUUUAGUCUGUGAUUUGUGUAUUGAGUUGCUUUUAUUUUUAAUUUCCGCGAGUUUAAGUCAUCAGAUCAUUGGAAGGCCUCGGGAGAAGCAACUGUAAACCCUCCCACUUUAUUUCACCGGUGUACCUUUCAUUUGAACGACUGUAGGUGCUUUGUUGCAACUGGGCUGCCCUGACUUUCCAUCAGGGUCUGGUGGUUUUGCUCGAGGACAUACACUCAUACAGAAACUGCACAUCAAGUUGCACCGGCCCCCUUCACGCUCAACCCCUGCGCUAUGAGCAGAGGUAGAGGAGGGCCUUACAAAGAACACUACCACAGGCAUCCACCACCCAACUACCAGGCCAAGGACAAUUACUACAGACCUGGCCCAGCCUCAUACUACCCAAGAGCUGGCCCGCAGCAGAGUCCAUAUUCAAAUUACUACAACAGCCCUACCCGUCCUGUAGCGCCCAUUCAACCUCCCCAGGCUCCUUCUCCUAGCUCCUCUGCUCCACCCAAUCCAACACACAAUAAAGUGGCCCCUAGACCAGAAGCCCAUAACUGCUCAUAUAAUCAGAAUCCCGGUCCCGGUCCUGUUCCCAAUUCCUUUCUGUACCAACAGGCAGAGUUCCUGAGAGGACAGAGCUCUGAGGCGCCACAGUUCAGAGGCAGCCCACGUGGAGGAGCAGGGGGAGCGGUCCCUGACAGGCGGUCUAGUGCUUCAUACCAGCCCCAGUCAGGCUACAGUAGAUAUUCACACCCCAACAGCAGCCCAAGGGGUAGAGGAGGCUAUAAUCAGGACCACCAAAGUUUUGUAUACUCAGGAGCUCCACGAGGCGCCCAAGGCCCUCGAUACCCGAAUCAAAACCAGUUACAAGGUACAAAUUACAACCAAUACUCCAACAGACAAUGGCGUGGUCAAACAGACUCUCUAUGUGACAGUUUUACAAAUUUGUCCCUUAAUCGAGACCGGCCCAACAGAGGAGGAGACAGGUUUAGCAGAUAUUCUGAAUCUAGCAGCUCGGCAAAUUUGAGUGUUUCUCAAGGUAACAUAACUCCAACGUCUGACAUCCAGGAUAAGCUUUACAGGAUUUUGGCUGCUUUGAAGCCAAGUGAAAGCAUCCCUGCAAAAGUUUUAGCUAAAAAACUACACCUGCCCAAAAAGAUAGUCAACCAGGCUCUCUACUCUUUAGAGCGCUCACAGAAAGCCUCCAAGCAAGGACUCCACCCUCCUGAGUGGAGUCUUUACAGAGAACCUCUCAGAGGCGAGGAAGAUCAAAACUCCAAAUUACAAAGGCCACCAUCCCAUCUGUGUGCCAGCUCAGGACACCCUCCGGAACCUGAAGUCAAGGUUGAACUAAAAACAGAAACAGCAGAAACCAGGGGACAAGGCAAAGAAGAGGACUCUGACACAGAAUCUAGUUCUUCUUACUGCUCCUCUUCAGAGUCAUCUGUAUCUGAAGAAUCUUUGUCACCAGCAAAAAGGCAACAGCAGGACAAACAACAUCCCAGCACAACCAGCUCUCCUGAUCUAGAACUUGCGCUUCCCACAAUGGCAGAACAGAAGGAGCUCGUGCUGCAGUUUCUCUUGACUUCAGGGGAGGCAACUGCUCUCGUCAUAGCCAAAAAUCUGGGUCUGAGGAGUGCCAAGCAGGUCAAUCCCACACUCUACUCGCUAGAGAAACAAGGUGAAGUCAUUAAGAACAGUGAAGUUAACCCUCCCACCUGGGAGCUUUCCACCCACCGCAGAGAGAGGAUGGAAAGAAGCCUUAAAGCUGCAAAGAGCCCCCGUGCUGAUUGGCCGAUGGAGGAACCUAGUAGAGAUGAAGGGGGAGGCGGGUCUGUCGUUCUGCCAUCAGCUCCACUUCCAACAAUACCAGGCCUCGAGUCACUGCCACUCCCAGAGGGUUGGACGCCAGAGCAAAGUCUUACCGAAGUGUCCCAAUCCUCCCUCCAGCCCCCCUCCAUUACGUCAUGUAAAGAUGAAGAGACCAACGAAGGACAGUGGGCCACUGACGACAUCCCAGAAUUCCUCAACGCCAUUCGCAGAGAGACAGAUGCUGGUAAACUGGCAGCAGACAAGGUCAACUCCAUGGGAACUGUGGCUGUGUCACUGGCUGCUCCACCUCCCCAGAACCUGUGGGCCAAAUUACAGGAGGUGAGGCUGAAGAACCCCGUCAGCGGCCUCAUGGAGUACGCCCAGUAUCUGGGCCAGAACUGUGAGUUCCUGCUGCUGGACCAGUCGGGACCCUCUCACGACCCAAGAUUUCGUAUGCAAGUGAUGCUCAACGGGAAGCUGUUUCCUGUCGCAGAAGCUUCCAGUAAGAAGGUUGCAAAAAAGGACGCUGCUGCGGCCACGCUGCGCAUUCUUAUUGGAGAGAUGCAGGGAGGGUCGAGCACAGGGGAUGAGGGAAAUACCGGCAGUGUGGACCAAGUGAUGGAUCUACUACCAGAGACCAGUGGGGCAGCCGAAGGCACGGGGGGGAUUUUUGGGACUGGUACAGUGGAAGGAAUGGGGACAGGGGAGGGACCUCGCCAGCCACUGUCCCGCUCUCUUCCUGGUGGGAAGAACCCGGUGUCUGUCCUGAUGGAGUACAGCCAGCGCAGCGGGAACCCAAUCGAAUUCAUCAUCACUGGGCAGGCAGGCCCACCCCAUGACCCAAGGUUCAUGUACAGGGUGAAGGUUGGGGAGAGCUUGUUCGCAGAGGCCUCCGCUCCAAGCAAGAAGGCCGCCCGCCAGCUGGCAGCAGAGGAGGCCGUCAAAGAAUUAAUGGCUGACGGGAGACUGCAGCUCAACAAGCCUCAAUUGCCCCUGGGCUCUUCCAGUGAUAGUGAUGGCAGUGGUUCUGGGACUACAUGUCCCUCUUUGCCACCUCUGACUGCUGAUGAGUUGCGAGCAGCACACGAGGCAGGAGUUGGGGACCUCAUUAACCACCUGAACAACAACGCGGUGUCGGGUCUUCUGGAGUACGCCAGAGCCCGGGGCUUUGCAGCUGAGAUCCGGCUGGUGGGCCAGUCUGGGCCGCCACAUGAGCCUAAGUUCACCUACCAGGCCAAGCUGGGCGGACGCUGGUUCCCUCCAGUGUGUGCGUCCAACAAGAAGCAGGGAAAACAGGAAGCAGCAGAUGCUGCUCUCCGGGUUCUGAUUGGAGAGGCUGAGAGGGCAGCCCGCACAGGAGAGCUUAUCCCAGCUGAGCUUCCAGUGAGUGGCAGCACUUUGCAUGACCAGAUUGCAAUGUUGAGUCACCAGCGUUUCAACGCCCUGACAACACGUAUCCAGCACAGCCUUCUGGGACGCAAGAUUCUGGCCACCAUAGUGAUGAGGAGAGGAGAGGGCCUGGGGACCGUUGUCAGCCUGGGAACUGGAAAUCGCUGUGUUAAAGGGGAGGAACUGAGCCUUAAAGGGGACACUGUUAACGAUUGCCACGCUGAAAUCAUCUCCAGAAGAGGAUUUGUUCGGUUUCUGUACAUUGAGCUGCUCAAGCACUAUGAUGGCACAGACGACAGUAUAUUUGAGCCGGCGGGGGACAACAAACUGCGGAUCAAAUCCGACAUAACCUUUCACCUCUACAUCAGCACGGCACCUUGUGGGGACGGUGCUCUGUUUGACAAGUCAUGCAGCGAGGCGGGGGAUGAAGUGGAGGGCCAUCAGCCUCUGUUUGAGAACGCUAAGCAGGGCAAGCUGCGGACCAAAGUGGAGAACGGCGAGGGCACCAUCCCAGUGGAGUCUAGUGCCAUUGUGCCCACCUGGGACGGCAUCCAGCACGGCGAGAGGCUGCGAACCAUGAGCUGCAGUGAUAAGAUCCUGCGCUGGAACGUGUUAGGUCUGCAGGGGGCGCUGCUCACCCAUUUCCUGCAUCCCAUCUACCUGAAGUCCAUCACACUCGGUUAUCUGUACAGCCACGGGCACCUCACACGUGCCGUGUGCUGUCGGCUGGCCAGAGACGGCGAUGCGUUCACCAAGAGCCUCCCUCCUCCCUUCAUGCUGAAUCACCCAGAGGUGGGCAGGGUGAGUGUGUACGACUCCACACGGCACACAGGCAAGACCAAGGAGUCCAGUGUAAACUGGAGCUUUCCAGACCAGCACAGUGUAGAGGUGCUGGACGGGACCAAAGGCAAACUGGAUGGGAACAAACUGAGCGUGUCCAGAGUGUCCAAGUCCAACCUGUUCUGUCUGUUCCGCUCGCUGUGCCAGCGGUGCGGCCGCACUGACCUCCUCACCCUGCCCUCCUACACCCAGGCCAAGAUGGCGGCCAUGUCCUUCCAGCUAGCCAAGCAGCAGUUCUUCCAAGCCCUCAGCAGCCACGGUUUCGGCGCCUGGAUCGGCAAGCCGCUAGAAGAGAAGAGCUUCGAGUCGGGGGAGGGAAACGGGAAUAACGGAGGGGGGCUCCCUGUGGGAUACGGCAUGAGUAGAAACGGAGGAGCAAUGGAGUUCAAACAAGAGGAGGCAUAGUGCGGUGCAGAGUGCAUUAUUCAGUGGGUAAUAUAAAUAUGUGGGGGGAGAAAAGCACAAGGCAGGGGCAGAUUAAAAGCGUGGGUGUGAUGGGGGGGAAAAGGACAAUCAAACAACUUGUAGCCAGCAGCCAGAACUGUAUCUUCUGAUGGAACGUGGUUAAAGUCUGCAGAGGAGAAGUGAUAGAAAGGGACAGAAUAAAGGAGUUUAAGAUGACUGGGGCAAAGCCUGAAGGAUGAGCCGGGUAGUUGGAAGUCAGUAAAUCAACAGAACAAACACUGCUGCAAAUCUGGGUUGUGUUGGUUUGUGAAACCAUUUACUGUUUGUUCCCAGAUACUGUUUAUACCUGCGGGUUGGUUUCAAGACGUAAUUUCACUUUUUCUUUUUCAUUCUAGUGUUUGGAAUAUGCUGCUAUUGUUUUUCCACCGUUCUACUUGGCAGAGAAAUUCAUUUUUGCAGGUUCUUUUGUUGCAACUGUAGUUUGGACCCAGAUGAUAAGACAUCUUUAGACCGCUGUUUGUUGUCUAAUUUUGCCACGAGAGCAGACGUAGCUGACAAGUGCUGCUAAUUGGCAUUCAACCUAACACGACCCGCCGUUGUAGCAGUGUUUGUAGUUGUGAUUAAGUUAAUUUAGAGUUUAAGUCCUGAAGUGCUGCUUAUUGUUUCUGCUCUCCUAUGUUCUGCUGCAUGAAAAAGUACGAGCAGCUGCUUAAAGAACAGCGAGCAGAAACAAUGGGACGCUCUCAGCAGGAAUCUUGUUUUUUCAAAGUUGCACUCAUCGUUGAUGGAUGUCGCGUGUCGGAACUUGGAAAUUAGCUGUUGCUCAGUGAAGUCCCAGCUUUCACUGUACAUUAGAAGAAGAACAAUGCAGACUUCUACUCUGACCACUGAUUUGAGAAACAUUCACUGUCCAGCAUUCAAGGCUUUAGCUCCUGAAGCCUUCGAUCAGGCCCCUUUCUGAGUCAUAUUUAAACCCACUGUACUCCCUCAGCCUUCCACCAUUCACAUGUUGUUGCCAUGGUUAGCCUAGUGUAAGUCAGAGCACCCCUUUGAUCAGUCCUAUAAUUUCUCUGUGCUUUCCGGCUUUUAUAUAGAAUUACUGAUGUCAUGACCUCCCAAUAAGUACAAUAUUUCUGUUGUUAUUGCUUGUGUGUUUUUGAGUAUUUUUCUCCUUUUCUUCCUGGCAGGAAGUUCAUCAGUAGCUGGCCAUGUUAGCAAGUCCUAGAAAGUCUCAGCUGGUCCUGCCUGCAUUUUUUUUUAACAUCUCAAUACGAAAAAAAAAAGGCUUUUAGGGUGUCUUGCAUGGCCAGUUGUUGAGGACUGCCAGGUGAGGACAGUUUUGUUGUCUAAGGAGAGUGUUUUUGAAUUAGUUCUAUGUAGAUGGAUGGUGCAAUAUAUACAUCAGGAAUAUACAAAUACAUGUACACACAGAUGUUACAGUGGGGUCCAAAAGCCUGAGUCCAAUUCAAGAAACUUGUUAACUACUCAACUAAUGGAAAUGUUCCUUCAGAUAUUUUUAUAUUUUCUCAAUAUAUUGCUUAAUGUUGCGGUUUUAUUAAUACAGGAAGUGAAAGAACUGUAAGAAUCAUUUUUGUGUGUUGUUUUUUUUUUAGUUUGUAGUAUUUGAUAUCCAACAUCAUCGGAGCAAUCUUGUCACAGAUGUGCUGUGAUUUUAUUAUGGUUUGCAGAUUUUUGUGUUUGAUCUGUGAAAGUUGUGCAAGUCAGCACUUGUGUUACUUCAAAGUGCUUUGUAGCUUUAAAGGUUGCACAGAGCCAUUGUUUUGAUGGCAAAUUAAAGUUUUAAGCUUAAAGUGAUGAUAUACCUCUGUAGAGUAGCACAUAUCGCUCUUAAUGCAGCCCUAAAGUUUUAAUUGAGGAUUUUGUUUAUAUCUUCAGCAAUAAAUAUUGUUGGACGCUUAAUAAAGACUCAAAUGUUUAAAAAAAAUAGACAAAAACAGGUUGACCAAAAGUUUUAUCAAUGGUACUCACUGCAAUAUGAAUCACACA